AUUUACCCUAAACUAAUUAGACGUUUUAAUCGAACCCAAAACUAGAGCUGUAAUAUGGAUUUUUCGUGUAGCGUUCAGCGCCGGAGUAUGUUUCACAGUGGUGCGGAUUUUGCGAGUUACUGCUUGCCGAAUCGAAUGAUAAGUCCCAAAGGACUCGGCGGCACUAGAUUUUGGGAUCCGACGAUUGAUUCUAAAGUUCGCUCAGCUAUUAGAUCGAAAAGAAAUGUAUCGUAUCGUUCUUCUUUGACUUUGAAUGCUGGUUUCAGUGGAAGAUUUUACGGUCAUUUGCUUCCUGCAAAACCCAAAAAUGUUCCGCUGGGGUUUAGGUUACUUUGUCAAAGUAGUGAUUCUGUAGGAGAUAUGGAUGGGAAUGACCGGAAUUUGGAAUUUGCAGAAAGUAGUGAUGACAGGGAGGUUACGUUUUCUAAGGAAGAGAAAGACACGAGAGAGCAAGAUUCUGCACCUAGUUUAGAGGAACUCAGGGAUUUACUGAAUAAGGCAACUAAAGAAUUGGAAGUGGCUAGUCUCAACAGUACCAUGUUUGAGGAAAAGGCUCAGAGGAUAUCAGAAGUAGCGAUAGCACUUAAGGAUGAAGCAGCCAGUGCGUGGAAUGAUGUAAACCAAACACUUAACGUGGUUCAAGAGACUGUUGAUGAAGAGUGUGUUGCUAAAGAAGCUGUUCAGAAGGCUACUAUGGCAUUAUCUCUGGCUGAAGCAAGGCUGCAGGUUGCACUCGAAUCACUAGAAUCAGAGGGGUAUGAUACUUCUGAAGUUUCUGAAGAGAGUGAGGCUAGAGAUGGUGUUAAAGUUAAAGAGGAAGCCCUUUUAUCUGCUAAGGCCGACAUUAAAGAAUGCCAAGAAAAUUUAGCAAGUUGUGAGGAACAACUCAGGCGUUUGCAAAUUAAGAAGGACGAGCUGCAGAAGGAAGUAGAUAGAUUGAAUGAGGCUGCUGAGAGGGCACAGAUCAGCGCAUUGAAAGCCGAGGAGGAUGUUGCAAAUAUUAUGGUAUUGGCCGAACAAGCUGUGGCAUUUGAGCUUGAGGCUACUCAACGUGUGAAUGAUGCAGAAAUUGCUUUGCAGAGAGCAGAGAAGUCUCUUUUUGGUUCUCAAACCCAAGAAACAACCCAGGGAAAGGUGUUGGAUGGAAAGAAUACUGUUCUAGAUGACGAUGAAGGCUUGAGUGAAAUUGUUGACGUAAGCCAUCAGGCUGAAAGAGACUUAGUAGUAGAUGGAGUUUCAUCAGAUGUUGGGACUCAGUCUUACGAGUCAGAUAAUGAGAACGGAAAGCCAACUACAGAUUUCGCUAAAGAGGUUGAAGCAGAAGCAGAGAAGUCAAAGAAUGUUGUUCAGACCAAAAAACAGGAAGUGCAGAAAGAUCUGCCAAGGGAGAGUUCAUCUCAUAAUGGUACCAAGACAUCAUUGAAGAAAUCCUCUCGUUUUUUUCCUGCAUCUUUCUUCUCUUCCAAUGGGGAUGGAACCGCGACAGUUUUUGAGAGUUUAGUUGAAUCUGCGAAACAGCAGUGGCCUAAGCUAAUUCUUGGAUUUGCACUUCUUGGGGCAGGAGUGGCAAUCUAUGCCAAUGGAGUAGGAAGGAACAAUCAGCUGCUACAACAGCCAAAUAUUGUCAGCACUAGCGCAGAAGAUGUUUCCUCCAGCACAAAACCUCUGAUCCGGCAGGUGCAAAAACUUCCAAAGAGAAUAAAGAAACUACUUGAGAUGUUCCCUCAGCAAGAGGUUAAUGAGGAAGAAGCUUCCCUUCUCGAUGUGUUGUGGUUACUGCUUGCAAGCGUCAUAUUCGUGCCUCUAUUUCAGAAAAUUCCUGGAGGCAGCCCUGUUCUUGGGUAUUUGGCGGCGGGAAUCUUGAUUGGUCCUUAUGGUCUCUCAAUAAUUCGUAAUGUGCAUGGAACCAAGGCCAUUGCAGAAUUUGGAGUUGUCUUCUUGCUUUUCAACAUUGGCCUUGAGCUCUCUGUUGAAAGACUUAGUUCCAUGAAGAAAUAUGUUUUUGGCUUAGGCUCCGCGCAGGUUCUGAUAACGGCAGCAGUAGUUGGUUUGAUCACUCACUAUGUUGCUGGUCAGGCUGGUCCAGCGGCAAUAGUAAUUGGCAAUGGCCUGGCAUUGUCUUCCACUGCUGUUGUCCUUCAGGUUUUGCAAGAACGGGGUGAGAGCACCUCAAGACAUGGACGAGCUACAUUUUCGGUCUUGCUUUUUCAGGAUCUGGCUGUGGUCGUGUUACUGAUUCUCAUCCCACUUAUUUCACCUAAUUCAUCCAAAGGAGGGAUUGGAUUUCAAGCCAUUGCUGAAGCUCUUGGACUCGCUGCAAUCAAAGCAGCAGUUGCUAUCACUGCCAUAAUUGCUGGUGGCCGUCUCCUUCUGCGGCCGAUAUACAAGCAAAUUGCAGAAAACCGAAAUGCUGAGAUAUUCUCCGCCAAUACACUUCUGGUUAUUCUUGGGACUAGUUUACUUACAGCUAGGGCGGGACUUUCCAUGGCAUUAGGAGCGUUUUUGGCUGGUCUACUACUUGCAGAGACUGAAUUUUCCUUGCAAGUUGAAUCAGAUAUUGCUCCAUACCGUGGUCUUCUGUUGGGACUCUUCUUCAUGACGGUUGGCAUGUCCAUUGAUCCAAAACUUCUUCUCGCCAACUUCCCUGUCAUAAUGGGGACCUUAGGACUCUUAUUAGUUGGCAAGACUAUAUUAGUGGUGAUCAUAGGCAAAUUGUUUGGCAUUUCAAUCAUAUCUGCCGUGAGAGUCGGUCUUCUUCUGGCUCCUGGUGGAGAGUUUGCGUUUGUUGCUUUUGGAGAAGCUGUCAAUCAGGGUAUAAUGACUUCGCAGCUAUCUUCGUUGCUGUUUCUCGUCGUGGGAAUAUCAAUGGCUCUUACUCCUUGGUUAGCUGCCGGCGGCCAAUUAAUUGCGUCUCGAUUUGAGUUACAAGAUGUUCGAAGUUUAUUACCAGUUGAAAGCGAGACGGAUGAUUUACAGGGUCACAUCAUUAUUUGCGGAUUUGGACGAAUUGGUCAGAUAAUCGCUCAGCUUCUUUCCGAAAGACUUAUCCCAUUUGUUGCCCUCGAUGUCAGCAGUGAUAGAGUAGCAAUUGGUCGUUCCCUAGAUCUUCCAGUUUAUUUUGGAGACGCUGGUAGUAGAGAGGUACUCCACAAAAUUGGGGCAGAUAGAGCAUGUGCUGCGGCUAUUGCUUUAGACACACCUGGAGCAAAUUACAGGUGUGUCUGGGCUCUCAGCAAAUAUUUUCCCAAUGUCAAAACCUUUGUCCGUGCACAUGAUGUUGAUCAUGGCCUCAAUCUUGAAAAAGCCGGCGCCACCGCUGUUGUUCCUGAGACGCUGGAACCAAGUUUACAGUUAGCAGCUGCUGUUCUGGCACAGGCCAAAUUACCGACAUCAGAAAUAGCAACAACAAUCAAUGAGUUCAGAUCUCGUCACUUGUCUGAACUAGCUGAGCUAUGUGAGGCAAGUGGAAGCUCUCUAGGUUACGGGUUCUCAAGAAGUACAAGCAAACCAAAACCACCAUCACCAUCUGAUACGUCUGACGAUAACCAGAUUAUUGAAGGCACACUCGCUAUCUAACCUUUUUUCUCGAUUCUGGUAAGACCACAUUUCAACUUCUUUUGCUUAAAACUGUACAGAAACCAAAAUGCUUAUUUUGAAGAAUCGUAGUGGAGAAAAAGUAACAAACUCUCAAAUUUUGAUGGGAUGAUGUGUUGAAAUUUCUCUAGUUUCUUUCCUCUGGGGGAAAAACAAAAGCAAAUAAUAUUUGUAUUCAACA